AUGUCUACAACAGCCAAUGAAUCCAAGAUAAGCUCAGCUGCAGACAAGAAAUUGAAACAGCUGGUGGUUGGACCACAAACGGUUUACAAAAAUGGUGUGAACGACGGUGAUACCGAUCUGCGCAAUGGCUUUAAAAUGAGAGGGACAAGCCGAAAACCGUUGUCUCGAAGUUUACCCCAAAAAAGAUACUUACCAGCUCCGACAAACAGUGACGCAAAUGAGUCAUUAAUUAGCAUGUCAAGUAACGAGGAUGAUGAAGUAACAGAAGAUGUGAUAUCACUUGUCACACCAAAAAUAGCACCAAAUUUUGGCCUAGAGCCAUUCGAUACCACGUUAGAGCCUCAAUCACUGUUUACCACAGUUCAGGAAGAUUUACAAGAAACAAAUUGGAAAAUACGUCCGUUUAACAUGGUAUAUCAUGUCACUCCAACAUUAAAUUGGCUACACAGUCGUAAUUUCAUUGGCUUUAAUAGCAACUUGGCUAAAUUAGAAAAGACACAAUGUGGCACAGCACCGGACUUUUCACCAUGCAUAUCAAUUUCACAAGCAAACACUCAAUUCGAACAAUGCUGCCGCAACAAAAUGCUUCCAGCAGGUUGUCAACAUUCCUGCAAAUAUGAUGUCAAGGAAAGUGAGAUAAGUACGAUCAUCGGUGCAAGUUUUUGCGCAGUUUUACAUAUCAUACCAAUUCUUCAGUGUGCCUCAAAUGGACGCGACAACAGUGAAUGUUGCAGGUACAAACAAGUUGCGACCAAGAGCGCAUCGCGGUGCGAAAUAUUUUGUCGUUCCGGACAAGAGAUUGCGAGAGUUGGUCUGGAACACUUGGUUUGCCGAAAAGUAAUGGAGGAAAUUAUUGCUUGCCAUUUAUCCGGUUUAAGAAAUUAG